UCCUGUCAACCACACCGAGAAGAGGCAACAUGGGUCAUAGACCGAAGCUGUAGGCGACGAAAAAGAUACCUACCUCUCCGUUUUCAACUAAAUCCAGAAACAAACUCCCGCUGAACACACAUUGUCAAAGGAGACUGAAGACCGAGACACUCUGAAGAUUUUAUUCGGAUAUCUCAGGUUGCUGAUAGAGAGACUGUGAUGAUGUCAUUCUCCAUGGCCCUGCACCUCACCGCUGCUCUCCAACUCCUGGCGCUGAUGGCCAUAUGUGACGAGGUUACAGCUGAUCGCAUCAACUUCUACAAUGUCAAACCACCUGUGGAAGCCACUCCAUUCCCUAAGAGCUUCAAGUGCUUCACCUGCGAGCAAGCUGCAGACAACUACAACUGUAACAGCUGGGCUGAGGACAAGUGGUGUCCACAGAAUACACAGUUCUGUAUGACAGUGCACCACUUCACCAGUCAUGGCAAGACCAAGUUUGUGACCAAAAAGUGUGCUGCCAGGGAGGUGUGUCACGCUUCAGGCUGUAGACACCACAGGGACACAGGUCACACAGAGUGUGUGUCGUGCUGUGAGGGUAUGAUCUGCAAUGUGGAGGUCCCCACUAACCACACCAAUGCUGUGUUUGCCAUGAGGCAGCAGGCCUACAGCUCAGCCCCAUCCCAGGCCCCUGUGAGGACAGCGUGGGGCUGCUGCUGGCUGACGUUACUCACCACCCUGGGCCUGGGGUUGACCAGACUGGUCCUACUGUGACACUGCUGUCCCUCAAAGCAGGUCCCUAUAGAGGGGACCAGACUAUACCAGAUGUGUGUUGUUACAAGUGUGGUGGUAAUCUGUGAUAAAGAUGUCUCAUACAGUGGCUUGCGAAAGUAUUCACCCCCUUUGGCAUUUUUCCUAUUUUGUUGCCUUACAACCUGAAA